UUUUAAAUGAGGCAAAUGUUUUUUUACGUAGAUAAAGCACACAUAAAGGAAAUUUGUGCAGAAGAAUCAAAUUACAGCUUGCUUAAAAUAGUAGUAUGAAACCGCAUAUUUUACAUUCGAAAUUGUCAUUAAGUCCCUUUUUGAUUGGUAAUUACUAUUCAUAAAUAAUUAACACACAACCUCAUCUACUCAUCCCAACCGAUUACUUCCAUCCCAUUUGCAACAACAAUUUACCAAGCAUUAGCCAUUUAGGCGACACGAGAAAGGCUUAAUUUACUUUUAAUUAAUACAUUACUAUUCCCCUAAUUAAUACCUAUAAUAUACAAAUUAAAUCACCAUUUACAUAUGAACAGGCGAAGGUAUAUAUAUAUGAACGUAUUUUUCAAUUGCUCGAGUCUAGCUUGGGUAGGUGACGGCUUCGACAAAGUGCAUUUUCAUUAAAUAUAGUGCAAUUAGGUACCAACAUCGAAUAGUCCAGAACAAUGGCUCCGUCACCACAAGAAGCAUCGCCCCAGGCGGAGGUCGUGGACCUCCCGAACAUGGACUCAGAAAACAUCGUCAUCUCCGGGAUGUCCGGAGUGUAUCCCCAGACUCAUAGCGUCGAUGAGCUGUGCAAAAUCCUUUAUAACAAGGUCAAUCCAAUCACCGACUUAAAUCUGCGCUUUAAAUUUAACCAUCCUGAAGUGGUGCAAUAUGGAGGCAGUGUACCGGACCUCCACUACUUCGAUGCCCAGUUCUUCAAAGUGCAUUACCGUCUUAGUCAGUGCAUGGACCCUAUGGGCCGCAUCAUCCUCGAACACGCCUACCAGGCUAUUUACGACGCAGGAGUCAAUCCCGUCCAUCUUUCUGGAAAGAAGAUUGGUGUGUACAUUGGUACCUGUUUCUCCGAAACUGAAAAGACUUGCUUCUACGAUGAAGCUUCAAGAUCCGGUUUCGGUAUCGCAGGAUGCAGUAAGACUAUGUUUGCCAACCGUGUGUCCUACUGGCUGAACGCGAAGGGUCCCUCUCUGUCCAUUGACGAGGCUUGCUGCAGUUCCACCGCUGCGUUGGAACAGGCCUUCCUGGCCAUCAACCGCGGGGAGUGCGAGGCGGCCAUCGUCGGAGGAGCUUACCUGUGCCUGCAUCCACAGUCUGCUGUGCAUUACGGAAGAUUGAUGAAACUUUGUAAAGAUGGCAAAACGAAAUCUUUCGACGAGAAUGCUGACGGGUGCGCUAAAGCUGAGGCCAUUACCGUUCUGUUCCUACAGAAAGCUAAGGAUGCUAUGAGAGUGUACGCUCAAGUGGUACACGCAAAGUCGGAGUACACGGGUAUCUUGAGUGAUGAGACUGGCCCGGUCUUCGGGUUCGAGAGGAAACUCGAACCUUCAGUAAAAUUCGUGAAGAAGUUCUACGAGGAAGCCAAGAUACCGCCCCAAGCUGUCGAAUACGUGGAGGCUUUUGGUUGCGCUGUACCAGAGGCAGAUAAAACGGAAUUGGAAACCAUUGACAAAGUGUAUUGUAGCGAUAGAAAAGCACCACUGCUUGUUGGAAGUGUUCUUUCUAACAUUGGAUACAAUGAAGCUGCUUCGGGUCUAUCUGGUGUUACUAAGGUGUUACUUGGCUACCACACCGGCCGUAUAGCCGCUAACCUGCAUUGCACUAAACCGAGGCAAGAUGUGUUAGCCCUGAAGGAGGGGCGCAUGCGCAUCGUGACUGAUCACGUGCCCUUCUCACGUCAGUACACCGCUGUCAACGGCUUGUCAGUCACCGGUCUGAACACUCAUGUCUUACUGCAUGGACAAUAUCGGCCUAAGGACCUCAGCCGCUACAAGUCAACCAUUCCUUACCUGGUGACAGUAUCAGGGCGUCAUGAAGAGGCAGUGGCCUACGUCCUCGCCAAUCUGAAGUCGCAGCCCAUUGACCCUGAGCAGCUGAGACUGUUAAACAACAUUCACCAGACGAGCAUCGCCGGACAUUUGGGACGUGGAUACACUAUUCUAAAAACGGAUGAGGAACAGAAAACCGUCUGUCUCAGUGAGAAGUCUGUGUACUUCGAUAAUGCGGCGAAACCUCUGUGGUUCGUGUACAGCGGUAUGGGCUCGCAGUGGGCCGGUAUGGGAACCGAACUUAUGCGGAUCCCGAUAUUCGCUGCCGCUAUUGAAAGAUGUCACCGAGUUUUGGAGCCAAAAGGAAUCGAUAUUGUAAACAUAAUUACAUCGAGGGAUGAGAAGAUGUUCGACAAUAUAUUGCAUUCGUUCGUCGGUAUAGCCGCCAUUCAAAUCGGUCUGACUGACGUUCUUCAUGCAGUUGGACUUACUCCAGAUGGAAUUAUUGGUCACAGUGUGGGAGAGCUGGGCUGCGCGUACGCAGACGGCUGUUUGACGGCUGAAGAGAUGAUACUGUCCGCGUACAGCCGUGGGCUGGUGUCCCUUGAGACUCCAUUCAUCCGUGGUUCCAUGGCUGCCAUCGGUCUUGGAUAUCAGGAAAUUGUUACAAUGUGUCCUCCUGAGAUUGAAGUGGCGUGUCACAAUGGACCUGAAUCCAGUACCAUUUCUGGACCUGCUGAUAAAAUGCGCGAGUUUGUCGCUGAGCUGACCGCUAAGGGAAUCUUUGCCAAGGAGGUUCCAUGCUCCAACAUCGCUUAUCACUCGCGGUACAUCGCUGAAGCUGGUCCACAACUCCACAAAUACUUGUCUGAAGUAAUUACGUCACCGAAGCCAAGGACCAAGCGCUGGCUGUCUUCAUCCGUACCUCAAAGCAAGUGGUACACUCCUGAUGCCCAGCUCUGUUCAGCUCAGUACCACACCAACAACUUACUGAGCCCAGUGUUGUUCGAGGAGACCUCCCGCCUGAUUCCUGAUAACGCUGUCUUAGUGGAGGUGGCUCCCCACGGUUUGCUGCAAGCUAUCCUCAAGCGUUCGCUGCCAAGCACCUGCAUCAACAUUCCUCUGACAAGGAGGAAGCAUCCCGAUAACUCUUACUUGGUACUUGAGAGCAUCGGAAAGUUGUUCAUGGAAGGUUACAAUCCUAAGUUGCAUGUCUUAUACCCGGAAAUAGAACUGCCAGUAUCUACAGGAACGCCGUUCUUGUCUCAUCUAGUCAAAUGGGCUCAUGGAGAGUCAUGGCAUUUGGCGCUGUACCGUACAGCUAACAGAGUGACAGCUGCCUCCUGCGAUCACUGCAUAUCUUGGCAUGACACAGAAAGCGCUUACUUGAAGGGGCACUCUAUUAGAGGGCGUACCAUAUUCCCCUUCGCUGCUACACUGGUCUUGGUUUGGGAUACCUUGGCCAUGAUCUUGAGCCUGCCCAAGAAGCUGCCCUCGGUGAAGUUCAGCCACCUCCACCUGCACGCACAGCCCAUAAUCCACGAUGAGAGACAGCUGAAAAUAAACGUCACCCUGUGCAGAGGAACUGGUGCCUUUGAGGUUCUUUGCGAGAACACCAAAGUAGCCACAGGUUUCAUCAACGUUCUGGAAAAGGAAAAGACUGAUGAUAAGUCUAGUGAAAUUCUUAGUUUCGAUCUCAACGCCGAAGACAUUUACAAAUCACUGCAAGACAGGGAUUAUUCUUACAAUGGUGAAUUCCAAAGCAUUGUUACUGCCAACGAGUCGUUCAGUGCAGCGUUGCUUUCAUGGAACAACAACUGGGUGACUCUGAUCGAUGGUUUGCUGCAACUACACGUGUUGCGUGAGCCACACACGGCUGUCUCUGUCCCCAGCAGAAUCAGGACCCUCAUUAUCGACGUACCAAAGCAUGAGGAAUCUAUCAAAUCUGCCAAUACUGGUGAUAAAGUACUGUUGAAGGCUGAAGUUGUUGAAGAAUUAAAUGUUACGAGAUGCGGAGGCCUUUCCUUGAUUAAUGUGAUGUUCGAAAACUUGCCGCCCGUCGUUAACAGACAGAUGUCGCUGCAAGCACUGAAGUUUGUUCCCAACACGCAGUCAGUUAAGAACGAAACCUGGGGAUCUGAGCACUACGUGUCAGUCAGCGACAGCGCUACUGUGAGCAAGAACGUGACCUUACAAAGCAGCAAGAUCGGAGACCUGGAUUCCUUAACCUGGGUCGAAGCCCCCGAAAACACCGAAGCUGGGGUCGACGUUACGGUACAUUAUGCCGGUAUCAACCAGGCUGAUGUCAGGAAAGUCAACGGAUCAAUCAGUGACAUUCACGACACUAAGAACCGUUACGGAAUGGACUUCAGUGGUGUGACAAAGAGUGGACAGCGAGUCAUGGGUUUGGUGCCAUAUGGUGCAGCGAGCAGCGUGGUGCGCGCGCAGCCAGACCUGCUGUGGCCGGUGCCCGCGAGCUGGAGCCUGGAGGAUGCCGCCACCGUGCCACUAGCAUACGCCCAAGCAUUCUACUGCCUUACAGUAAAAUCCUACAUAAGACCUGAAUCAACAAUUUUGGUCCACGGAGGCAGCGGUGCUUUUGGACAAGCUGUGCUGUCCAUCGCCUUGGCAUACGGUUGCAAAGUAUUCACAACCGUCAGCGACACUCAUAAGAAACGAUUCCUGCUCAAACUGUUCCCUCAGUUAAAAGCUGAACAUAUUGGAUACUCCCGUAACGCCAGUUUCAAGGAUAUCGUCAAAAACAACACCGACGGGUUCGGAUGCGACAUCGUUAUUAACACAAUUGGUGGAAGUUUGAAGAACGUGUCCAUUGACUGUGUUGGCAGUCGUGGUGUAUUCGUCGACAACUCUCAAAUUCUCGAACAAGAGGAAUUCUCAUACGGAAUGUUCCACCUCACUCGUGAGAGAAACUACAGAACUACUGACUUCUUAUCCAUAUUCAAUGAAGAAAAUGCUAAAGACAGGAUCGCAUUGAAGAACACGAUUAUUAAUGGAAUAACCAACGGGCUCGUACGACCGCUGUCGCGCGUGACGUACGCACCGCACGAAGUGUCGCGUGCGUUCCGUCUGAUUGCGGGAAGCAAACACCGCGGUAAAGUGCUUCUGAACAUGACUGAUAGCACCGUGCAAGUCCAACCCAGAAUCACAGCCAGCGCUGGUGGUAGUCAUCUGAUACUGUGCAACGAUGAUACAUUUGGCCUGCAGUUGGCCGAUAGACUUGUGGAGAGAGGCGCUAAGAAGCUCUGCAUACACUUCAAGAGACAGUCGAUGUUGUAUCUUCAACUUAAAAUCAGGUCAUGGCAGAGGUCAGGUGUCCGAGUGGUUGUAUUCUCUGACGACCUGAAAGGAGAAAUGGACAUCACUGCCUUACUCAGCACUGCUGCGCGUCUCGGACCGCUAGAGGGCGUGUAUGUGACUGUCGGUAACCAACAGCACGAGGCCUUAGUAAACUCUUUGGAUUUGAUGACAAGAAAAUUACGUUCCGCUGUCAAGUACUUCGCAGUGUUGAACAUUGGUGGCGGUACUAUUGGUAUCAAUGCGUGUCUGAAACGUGCUCAAGACAAGUUGCCAGUUACCUUGCUGACUCUACCUGAACUUGGCAUUGAGGCUGGUUCGUACCGCAGUGCUGUUGACGCAGCAGAGCGCGCGCUCCGCAAUGGGCACCCUGUACAGCGAGCAACUCUCUUACCAGUGCAACAAACCUCAUUACUCCAAGAAAUUGCUUCCAUAGCCAAAAUAUCGAUGCCCCCACAAGCUGCCGAUGUCCUAACUCUAGAAGACUUGGGCUUAGAGAGUGAUAGAAUAUCAAGUAUUAUUUACUUCUUACGAACUGAAUAUAAUCUGUUCUUCGAACCAGAACAAGUUCCCUUAUUGACGAUUGAAACUAUCAACAACUUGAGCAAGAUCCUAACGCCAACAAAACGUGAGAAUGUAGAAGGUUUAUCCAACUACUACUCGUACGUCGACUCCGAUGAACUCCUGGCGACGACAGAACUUGUGUUCUUACCCACGCUCACUUGCAGCGCUUCCAUGAGAGAUGACGAAUUCAACACAGACCAAGCGUUCCUGUGCCUUGUCCCGGGUAUCGAAGGCCACAACAACAAGUUCAAGGUUCUUUGCGAGCGCCUCAAGCUGACAGCCCUGGUGCUGCAGCCGGGACUCGACAAACCAAACGAGACCGUCAGGGAAACUGCCGAGAGAUACGCCGAGGCACUGUUGAAGAAGACGGGCUUGCAGCAGACGUUCUACCUGUUGGGAUAUGAGAGUGGAGUCUCAGUCGCAUUAGAAGUUGCUUCCAUUUUGGAGGAUCAUGGUCACACCGGCGUCAUAUACUGCAUCGGAUACUCUCCGGAGGGAUUCACCAAACUUCUUCAGAAACAACUGUCGAAAUACGAAACUAGGGAACAGUUGGAAGACGCAGUGGCUCGCCACAUGUUCACCUUGAUGGCGAAUGGAGACACCACUGGGCUCGAGAAGGCUCUGCAGGGAGCCACUACUUGGUCGCAGAAGGUGGACGCUUGCGUCAGAACCUUGUUAGGACGAGUAUCCCACUCGGCACAAUACGCCCGUACUCUUAUCGAGGCUGCGUUUGUUCGUAUUGAGAAGGCGAAGGAAUACGUGCCUACAGUUCGCGCUCUGCGGUCCCAGCUGGUUCAACUGCUGCCCGUGGUGGGCGGAGAAGAGGCCCUGGCGUACUCCCUGCAGCAACACUCACAGCAACCCCUCAUCGUGCAUGAGCUGCAAGUGCCGCUAGCUCAAGCCACCUACGACCUGCGCUGCACCGCUAUCAUCAACAGCUAUUUGGAUAAGAAGAUUCUGGACGACUACGAAAAGAAGAACACCUGCAUUACUUAUCUCCUAGGCUCCGAUUCUUACAUGUCACUUAAAGAUAACGCAUAAUAUUUAUAAGCUAAUACAUUAUUUAUUGUUUUA